AUGUCCGUUGUCCGAGUUUCACUCACACACUCUUCGAGUAAGAUACGUGUCCCUGAGAAACGCUAUGGUCUUGCACAAACCAUUGAGAGUAUAAAGACUAACAUUGCAACACAUUUUGCCACACCACCGGAAUUCAUGCGCCUAGAGCUUAUUGAUGAUCGCGGGGUUAGAAUAGAGUCCGAUAUGCGGGAUGACAAGCAGCUGGGGUACUACCAGUGUAAGGACGACUAUGUUAUCCACGUUGUGGACCUCCAACCGACACCGCAAGUCAAUAAUUUUGAUGAUGUAUCACAAGUUGAAAAGUACGAAAUAUCGGAAGAAGCGUACAGUAAACGUGCAGAUAAUGUCAGAGCUUUUCGGGAACGUAUGAUUGCCCAACAACGGGCGGAGGCGGAAAAAUCUGGUAUUACUCUUCCUAAAGAGUUAAAUGAAGAUAGUUACAAGGAGAAGGCAGAAACAAUGAAGGUUGGGGAUCGUUGUAUGUGUCAACCAGGUGAUCGUUUGGGUACUGUUCGAUAUGUGGGCCGCGUAGCGUUACUGAAGCCUGGCUAUUGGAUUGGCGUUGAGUUUGAUGAGCCUGUUGGGAAAGGUGAUGGUAGCGUUAAAGGCACACGUGUUUUUCAAUGUCAACCGAACUAUGGAGGGUUUUUGCGGCCAGACCAGGUGGAGGUCGGUGAUUAUCCGCCAGAGGAAUUUUAA